UUGGUCUGAGUGGUUUAGAAUUCUUCCAUUUGCUCAGGCAGUUUUAAUACCUGUUCCGGUUAAUUGUCUUAAUAGUCUACUCGCACUCUUACUUAAUAGAACUAAUUAUGAGCUAUGUUCUUCUUAUUAUAGUAUAUUUGAUCUAGAGUAA